GAUAUUGACCUUGGAACAGAAUUCUUUAUAUGGCAACAGUCAACACUUGUCAAACCCUAGUACGUUGUUUGUCAAGUCGUGUCAAUUUUCGGAAUAACAAACGGUUAUCUUGCGUUAUUAUGUCGAAACCCAUAAAAAGUUCAGCUAGGAGGUUAAUUUAUACAAUGAUGUGUAAAUUUAAAGCAAAACAAGAAGAGCGAGCCUCUGCCUUUCGCGAGAAAGAACGAUAUUUCCAUGAAAUAAUGGCUGCCACAGAGAGGAUAAGAGAUAAAGCCGAUGACAGCAGCUUAAAUGAGUUGAAUGAUAUUAAUAAUGCUGUGAAGAGUUUACAACAACUAGAGGAAAAUAGUCGGCUCAAAACGGAAAUUCAAUUUGUGCAAGAAAUUUCUGCAAUGACAGAUGUUGGUACAGCUACUAUCAAAAGAAUAAAAAAAGAAGGACAGUCAAAUGCAGGUGUUUGGAAUACUCCCGGGAAAAAGCGUCCACAUAAACCAACAGUUGCCAAUUUGGAUAGUUUUGACAUUAACGCGAUCAGGCAGAAGAUCAAUGAAUACUACACAGUGAAGAAACAGGUGCCUACUUUACGUACCUUGUUAACAGAUUUAAGAGAGAGCAUAGGAUUUACCGGAUGUCGUGAAACGUUGCGCAAAAUUUUAUUAUCCAAUGGCUUUGAGUUCAAAAAAAAUAUAAACGAACGUAGUAUAAUCAUGGAGAGAUAUGACAUAGCAGCAUGGAGGCACAGAUUUUUGAGAGCCAUUAGUAAAUACCGCCAGCAAGAAAAGCCGUUAAUUUAUUUGGAUGAAACAUAUAUUCAUCAAAAUUAUAGGCCAAAAAAAUCAUGGCAAGGUCCAUCUACUAGCGGCGUGAUUGAAAAAAUUUCCCCAGGAAAACGUUUCAUUAUUGUACAUGCCGGGUCCGAAAAAGGAUUUGUGCCUAAUGCCCUCUUGGUUUUUAGCACAAAAUCUAUGUCAGCUGAUUAUCAUCACGACAUGAACCGACAGAACUUUUUAAAAUGGCUGCAAGAGAAAUUAAUCCCUAAUUUAAGGGAACCAAGUGUAAUAAUAAUGGAUAACGCAAGUUAUCAUUCAACUCAGGUAAAUAAACCACCCACAAUGCAUCAGAGAAAGGCAGAAAUUCAAGAUUGGCUCACUACCAAUGGAAUUGAUUAUGAAACUUACAUGUCGAAGGAAGAGCUGAUGUGUCUGGUGGACAAAUACAAGCCCGACCCAAAAUAUGAGGUCGACGAAAUUUUAAAAGAAAAUGGACAUGAAGUUCUACGGUUGCCCCCAUACCAUUGUGACCUUAACGCCAUUGAACAAAUAUGGAGUUUAGCUAAAAGGAAAGUUGGUAGCAAAAAUAUGGGUCUCAGUGUAAAAGAAGUGGAAAAAGCGAUUUCGACGGAAUUUGGGACGGUAACUCCAGAGGACUGGAAAAAAUGCACUGAUCAUGUACUGCACGUGGAACAAAAAUAUAUAGAACGAGAUGGAAUCGUCACAACAUUAGAACCAUUCAUUAUAAAUGUAACCAGUGACAGGGACUCAAGCAGUGAGUCUGAGGAGCCAGUUGAGUUUUUGGAAUCUGAUUUUGACUAUGAUAGUUAGUUAUAGGUAGAAUAGUUCUAGAUUAGUUCAGUUCACAGCAAGGCCUGUUCACUUCCUAAGAAAGUUAUGUCCCCAAAUAGUUUUAUAAUGAAUAUUUGCUUCCAACUGUCUUUAUCAAUGUUCAUAAAAUAUAUGGAGGGUAGGUAAGUCUACCCACCAUAAUAAAAAAAUAUAUUUGUUAAUUACUCUGUCCAACUGCUGUGGUUAAAGUUCAUAACGAAAAUUUUAUUUAUUAAAUCUUUAUUUGUAUUAUACUGAAAACUUUGUGAAUGCGCUUUAUUAAUUUCUAUUUUUUUAUUAAGCUGUCAGAGUUUAAUUUUCAGUGUAUAUUUCUAUAUGUACGAGUAAAACAUUGUUUAAUAAAUAAAAUAAUACAAUGUUAUAAACAUAAAAUUGCCUUGAGAUUGAUUAUCUAGUAACUUUUUAA